GUUUUUACAUGUGUGUAUUUAGUGUGCGUAUGUGUGCGUCUGUUUGCGUCUGUCUCUCUCCCUGUGUCUGCGAGUGGCUCUGCGUCUCCGUCUGGUGACAGCAGAGCCUGUCCGGCAGAGCAGCGGAUGUGUGAGGGAUGAUUCAGGGGCUGACAGGAAGCCCGCUGCCUUGCCUGCUGCCCGCUCAGCGUCUGUGGCGUUGGCGUCAGCUCGGGCAGGUGUGGGGCUCAGGAUGAAGUGGCCGCACUGAGGAGCCCCCAGCUCUCAGCCCUGCAGGACGCGUGGCUAGGAGUGGCCAUGAACAUGGACGCCGAGCUGCUGUGGACUGGGGCGGCCCUGCUGCUGCUGCUGGGGACGGUGGUCAGCCUGUGCGUGCGCUGCUCCCGGCCAGCUGUGAAGAAGUCCGAGAAAAUCUACCAGCAGAGGGGCCUGGAAACGAAUCCACAGAACUUUGCAGUGGCCCAGACCUAUUCCUUGGUCAGGCAGAACUGGCCAGGGCCCCUGCUGGACACAGCCUCUGAUGUGGCACCAACAAGGAAGGACAAGCUUCUGCGGUUCUCUCCCAGCCUUGAGGAUUCUGCGUCCUCUAGGUACCUGGAGGACUUCAGCAAAGGCAGCAGACGGGGAUCCAAUGGGGGCUACAUACUCCCCAUCACCUCGGACUAUUAUAACUGGGGCCAGUUCCAGAAGCCCUCGGAAGACGAUGAUGAUACCAAUUCAUAUGAGAACGUGCUCAUCUGCAAGCCGAAGGACACUGAAUCAGGGGCCGCCUGGCACAGGGCACAGGACGCCUCCCCCGAGGAGCCCUGGCUCCUUGCUGGCCUGCAGACUGGCCGCAGUGGCUGCUGCCCGGGCCAGCCCCUGUCUCGGGGUCUCCCUGCAGGGGACGAAGAAUCUGAGGACUAUCAGAACUCAGCGUCCAUCCGGCAGUGGCGGGAAUCCAGGAGAGGACUGGAGCAAGGCCUGAGGGACAGGCCCCUGUCGCUGGCAGAAAGCCCAGACGAGGAGCCCGAUUAUGUGAACGAGAGCGUGGCAGCCACAAAAGCCUAGUGAGGACCUGGGAGGAGCUGAGGGAGCCACCGAGCUCAGAGGACUAUUUACUUCGGCCCCAAAGGUCACUUCUCUACUGCUGGACCCCCCACGGUUCCUCCUGGGAGAUGCACUGACGUCUGAGGACCAUCCGCUGGGCCACAGGGAACUGGCGGGGAAAGGACAGUUACAGGUGGACUCACCACCCCCCUCCCGGCCCCCUGCCGGGCUUCCGAGGGAGCCCAGAGCUCCUGCCGUGACCGGAUGUCCAAGAUUAGGGCAAGUUGCGUCCCUGUCCCCACAUCUAGAACAUCGUGCCUCACUGGUACCCCUGGAGCUUUUUUGCUUUGGAUUCAGGUCCCAAAUUGCUGACUAAUGUCGGUUGCUGGGAUCUUUUUCUUGGUCCAGAGCUUGUACAGUUAAUUUAUGUAGGUGGAGCCAUAUUUAAUAAUCGACAUCUCCGGGCAGAGAUUCGGGUCUAUUUCACCCCCUAGAAGCAUUACAUGUAAUUUCAGAAGAGUGAAGGGGAGCCCCAGCGCUGCUUUCUCUGGGCCUGUUUACCUGCCAGAAAUGAGGCUACAAGCAACCCCAUGCCUGCCAGUGGGAACGUCUGCUGUGGACAAAGUGCAUUGCGUCUCUGGAGAAGGAGAGGAGCACGGUGGUUGUCCUUAAAUCCCCCCUGCCCCAAACAGGCCUCGGCUGAGCUCAUGGAGCAGAAACCCAGCCUCUCAUGCGAAGGGCAAGGGCCCAAAGAGACCUUCUGAGUCAGAAAAGCCGCGGCCAGAGAAACAAGAUGCUUCCUUCAACUGAAACAUCUCAAUAGAGUGUUUUCAUUCACAAGUA